AUGCGACUCAUCGCUCGUGUGGCGCUGUUUCUGGCAGCCAACUCGAUACUGGUCACUACUGCUGGCACACGACAAGCUCAAGUGAAUCGUGCAAUAGAGCAGACAAAAUCGCGGCAGCUGUCUGUACAGGCUCCGAGAACCGUAGUGAAAACUCAAAGUAGUCCUGGGCGAACCGAAACUAUCGAUGUGGACAAGUUGAAUCAGCUGAUUCGAGCUGUGGACAAGACAUGGAUCCUCCCUCGGUUAGGUGCCAAGGAACCUGUGGGCAGCAAUUUCCAGUAUAAGAAAACCUGUGCCUCUAUAUUCAAAGCUCGUCAUGGAGCUUGCCAACAACUCGGCUUUGGAGUAAUGUGUUUCAAUUACUGCCAUGAACGAGGCGAGAAGCUGACCUUCCGCUGUCAAGAUGCAUCCGAUGCUGCUUACUGUCGUCAGUCUGGCACUUUUGAAACAUUCUUAGCCAAAUACCACAAGGACGGCUACAAGGCAAAAGCAUACAUACAUCAAAUGAUCUCACGGUGCUAUGCCACGUCCAUCUGCAAUACUCAGCAAGGAAUUCUGAACUCCACAUUAAUCAAAGAGGAACUUCCAACCGAAAAUACCACAAGGAUAAAUCGGAAUCGACUUCUUACUCGAGCCACAAAACCUUCCAAGACUCGUCCUACCACGACCACCACGACCACGGUUGUAACUGAGGAGACCGACUAUGAAGUGGAAGAGGAAGAAACUACCGUAACAACCACCACAAAGAGGAGGCCUGCUGAAAAGAAAAAGCCCAACCGUUCGAGACCAACUACUACAACAUCAGCACCACUCAAAACCACAUCGAAGAGUAAUAUAUGGGAUAGGUUCACUGUUAGUCCAAGCAAGAAAGUGUCCCCGAAAAAUAUUCCAUUCUGGAAACGGCUCCUGUCCACUACAACUGUCGCUCCAAAACCAAUCGAACAGGUGACAGAGACGACGUCUAUAGAAGAAGAAGAAGAAGAACGUCGCCUACUUAUCAAGACAACUCCCGAGCCGUUCAUUGAAGAAGUAGAAGAGACUGGAGAUAUUCAAGAAACUACUGUGCCAUAUUCAGCCGAAGAAACCACACCCGAAGAAUAUGUCAUUACGACGGAAAUGCCAAUCCCGGAAGAUCGAAGUACUGAAGCGACGGAGAAACAAUGGCAAACGACAUCUUUGGAAAAGCACACAUUCAAACCUUUACCGGUAACUGUUCCGGCGCCCCAACCAGAAUUGGCCUUCCAGAAGAUUGGAGAAAGAGGACCUGGAUUCUGGAACCGUUUCCAACCGAAUCGGUGGUUCGAAUCGAUACACUACGUUACGAAUACCGGAAAGUAACGGGUAAUUCCGGUGCGCACAGACGAAGCGCAUUUGUGCAAAAGAACUCAACACAAUUACGCAUGUAUCUUUCCCCUAAGUAUUGUAGCGCACAGCUGCGCUUUUCUCAAAUUUGUUUACUUAUUUGCGCGGCUGUGCUUGUAGUCGAUGUAGUCUGAACCGUUAGAC